UUAUUUCGCAGCCUCCACCCAAAUCCCCCCAAAUCCCUCGCGAAGAGCGUGCUCUCCACAAGUUCGCCACUACCUACUUUUCAAUCCCAAACUACAGUUCACCGACCCUCUCACAGAGCUUUUCAUUGAUUUGGAGCAAAGAAGCUCAAAAGAGAGAGAUACCCAUUUCAAUGGCGUCGAUUCUAAGCACCGUAGGUGCGGGGUUCUCUUGCAGCAAGCCACCGACCGAGGGCCUCAAGCAGAGCAGAAGAGGAACCACCGUUGGGACCCAGUUCGGAUCUUUGUCUUUCGGUGAUGUGGGUAGCGCGACGAGGCCGAGGCGUGUGGUGGUGGUGAGAGCGGAGGGUCCGGCUAUAAACCCAGAGAUAAGGAAGAGCGAAGCGAAAGUGGUGGAUUCGGUUGUCGUCACUGAGCUCUCUAAGCCCCUCACUGCUUAUUGCAGAUGUUGGAGGUCGGGCACUUUCCCUUUGUGUGAUGGAAGCCAUGUCAAGCACAACAAAGCUUCUGGGGACAAUGUUGGACCAUUGCUCUUGAAGAAACAGUAACAGUAUGUGCAAUGUUUUUCGUCUUGGUACUUUAUCUGCCGUGUUGAUCUAGAAGCGUUUUUGUAAUAUGGGUUUUAUUGAGUUCUUUGUUACCUUUUGCUUAACCAUCAUCGUUGUCAGACAGCAAGAAUUCAUGAAUCAUUAUAAAAAAUCCUGUUGGAUGCA